AAUUUAAUAUAAGACUUGGUCGUCUCUCUUUUCAGUGCUUUUCUCUGCACAGACUUCUGUUCAUCUCUGUUGCCUUGUUUAGUAUAUAUAUAUAUAUGAAACACUCUCUUCCCUAGCCAAGCACAUAAACAGAAGAAGAAACUAAUGGCUGGAGGAGGAUUUUCAGAUGCGGGCACCCUUAAGAGGGCUCAUCUUUAUGAGUACAAGACCACUCCUUAUUUCGUAGUUGCUUGCAUUGUUGCAGCCUCUGGAGGGUCUCUAUUUGGGUAUGAUCUUGGUGUUUCUGGGGGAGUGACUUCCAUGGAUGAUUUCUUGAAGGUGUUCUUCCCAAAAGUGUACCGAAGAAAGCAAGAACAUUUGCAAGAGACAGAUUAUUGUAAAUACGAUGACCAGAUUCUGACACUGUUUACAUCUUCAUUAUACUUUGCGGGUCUUAUCUCAACGUUUGGAGCGUCGCAUGUGACCAGAAACAAAGGUAGGAAAGCUAGCAUUCUGGUUGGAGCAGUGAACUUCUUUUUAGGAGCAAUAUUGAAUGCAUUUGCAGUCAACAUCUGGAUGCUCAUCGUAGGACGAAUCUUACUCGGUGUAGGCAUUGGAUUUGGCAAUCAAGCAGUUCCGUUGUAUCUUUCAGAAAUUUCACCAGCAAAAAUCCGAGGAACAGUUAACCAACUGUUUCAAUUAACAACAUGUUUAGGGAUCCUAGUAGCAAACUUAAUAAAUUAUGGUACUAAUAAAAUUCAUCCAUGGGGUUGGAGAUUAUCCCUUGGUUUAGCCACAGUACCAGCAGCGAUAAUGUUUUUUGGCGGUCUUUGCCUCCCCGAGACUCCUAACAGCCUUGUAGAACAAGGCAAACUAGAAGAAGGGAAGAAGGUGUUGGAGAAAAUCAGAGGUACCCCCAACAUUGAUGCUGAAUUCGCUGAUCUUAUUGACGCCAGCAAUGCAGCACAAGCAGUAAAGCACCCCUUCAGGAAUCUCCUUCAACGUAAGAAUCGUCCCCAAUUGAUAAUAGGGGCCUUGGCAAUUCCAGCUUUCCAACAGUUAACAGGCAUGAAUUCAAUACUCUUCUAUGCUCCGGUCAUAUUUCAGAGUUUGGGUUUUGGUUCAGGGGCAUCUCUCUAUUCAUCCAUCAUAACAGGUGUAGCUCUUGUUGUUGCUGCGCUUAUUUCCAUGUUUUUUGUGGAUAAAUUUGGCAGAAGAGCUUUCUUUAUAGAAGCUGGAAUUGAAAUGAUUUGCUACAUGAUAAUUGUGGCCAUAGUUUUGGCUCUGGAGUUUGGAGAAGGAAAGGCCCUCCCUAAAGCAGUAGGCGCCAUCCUUGUAGUGGUCAUCUGCUUAUUUGUUGUGGCCUAUGGUAGGUCUUGGGGUCCUCUGGGUUGGUUAGUUCCAAGUGAGAUCUUUCCUUUGGAGACAAGAUCAGCUGGUCAAAGUAUGGUGGUCUGUGUAAAUCUCCUCUUCACAGCUUUAAUAGCACAAUGUUUCCUCGCGUCACUUUGUCAUCUCAGAUAUGGAAUUUUCUUGCUGUUUGGUGGCCUGGUUUUCAUCAUGACCUGCUUCAUUUACUUCCUAUUGCCUGAAACUAAGCAAGUUCCAAUAGAGGAAAUUUAUCUUCUAUGGCAAAGCCAUUGGUACUGGAAGAACAUAGUAGGAGAAGCAGAGGACCCACUUGAGUUGAAGGAAAGGAAACUUGAAGCGUAGUUAGGGACGCAAGUCUUUAAUUACCCAGGAAUAAUAUAGUUCAGUUUUAUAUUACCUACUUAUUACUUUGGCUGAGGGAAACUAGAUUGAAUAUAAGGGCCGUAAGUUUAGAAUAUCUAGUGUUAAGAUUUGUUACCUAUAAUCUGUAUUUAAAUGCAAUAUUUUAAUAAAGGCUUUAAGAAUUGUCAUUUUAA